AUGUCGUCAUCAUCUAGAGUCCCAGACCGGUUCAUGAUCCAUGUGAACCUGUACUUUGCUCCCGAGCACGUCCCCGUUGCCCUGGAAGCCUGCAAGACCCUCUUUGAAGAGAUUUGGAAGGAUCCCCGAGUAGAUUUCUGCCAGAUCGUCCAGGAUGCGAACGAGCCUGGCACGAUUCGCAUCCAGGAGGCGUGGAAUGCGUCGCGGCAGUAUCUGGAGGAGGUUCAAAUACACAAGUCGUACUACGGUCCAUAUCUGAAAGCUACGGAGCAUCUGUGGAUUAAGCCUCGUGAGUCACAUGUAUCCCUUGUCCAGAACCACUUUUGGAUGUGA